AUGGCAGGAACUCAGUCGCUCCCACCUCCUGCGCUCCCCCAGCUUGUCGCCGAACAGCACGUCCCAAUCCCGUCAACUGACAAAGAUUCGAAGCGACUCAUUGUCGUUCUUUCGAAUGCCAGUCUCGAGACCUACAAGUCGUCGCAUGCCGGCGGCAGACCCGGCCAACGCGAUGAGAAAUAUUCGCUCCUCAACAGCGACGAGCAUAUUGGGAUUAUGCGCAAGAUGAACCGCGAUAUCAGCGAUGCUCGUCCCGAUAUUACACAUCAGUGCCUCCUCACCCUUCUCGACUCUCCUAUCAACAAGGCCGGCAAGCUUCAGAUUUACAUCCACACGGCCAAGGGCGUCCUGAUCGAAGUCAGCCCAACGGUCCGAAUCCCACGUACCUUUAAGCGAUUCGCUGGCCUCAUGGUGCAGCUCCUCCACCGCCUCUCGAUCCGAUCAGUGAACUCGCAAGAGAAGCUGUUGAAGGUCAUCGCAAAUCCAAUCACCGACCAUCUUCCACCAAACUGCCGAAAAGUCACUCUGAGUUUCGAGUCUCCCUUGGUACGUGUUCGGGAGUACGUGGAGAACUUGAACGAAAAUGAGAGUAUCUGCGUAUUCGUUGGAGCUAUGGCCAAGGGAACCGAUAAUUUUGCGGACCAGUACGUCGACGAGAAGAUCUCCAUCAGCAACUUCAGUCUUUCGGCGAGUGUGGCCUGCAGCAAAUUCUGCCACGCCGCCGAAGACGUGUGGGACGUUAUCUAG